GCGGCUGCGGCUGCGGCUGCUUCUGGUGGUGGUGGUGGUUGACACAUUGAGAGCCUAAAAUGACUUCAGGUCUGGUGGAUUUGGUCUUCUCAUGGUCUCUUAGAGAUGUACUCAACGAGCAACUCUUCAAAACUAAGGUGAAGAAGAUCCCAAAGACAUUCUUGUCAGCACAGCAUUACUUGACAUCUUACAUUUUCCCUCUCAUUGAGGAAACACAUGCUGAUCUGCGUUCAAGCAUUAUGGACCUGUCCCAAGCACCUAAAUAUCAAAUAGAUCAUGUGGAAGAAUCUGAUGAUCAUGAGCCACCACGAGAUUUGUUUUAUGACAUGGUAGUUGUAAAAGAGGGUGAUGGUAAGCAUGAUAAAGAAAUAUAUGAGCUUCAAGUAGGAGAUCUCAUUGCUCUAUCAGAUGUAAAACCGAGAUGCAUUGACGAUUUAAACAAGGGAAGAAGAUCUUAUCUUCUUGCUUUAGUCACAGCAGCAACAAUUGCAGACAUAGAUGGAGGCAGCAGUAUCAUCAAAGUUCUUUCAUCAAAAGUCAUUAUGUUUGAACAAGAUGUGCAGAAGCAGAGGGAACCACUUUUUGCUUUUUUCCUGACAAAUAUGACGACGAAUAUCCGUAUAUGGAAAGCACUGCACCCAGAUAUGAAAGAGGGAAACAUGAACAUUAUAAAGGAGGUCUUGUGCACUGAUUCCACUGUUGGGGUCGAUUGUGAGCUCUGCUUGUUGUCGCAAGAUGACAGAAUCCGUAGAAAUUAUCUUCUCACAGAUCUUCAAACCUUGAAUCUCAAUGAAUCACAGUCUGAUGCAUUGAUAAGAUCCAUUGCUACAAAGAAUUGCAACCAUAAGAGUUCAGUGAAGCUUAUUUGGGGCCCUCCAGGUACAGGGAAGACUAAGAUGGUUGGUGCUUUGCUCUGGGUACUUCUAAGAAUGAAAUGCAGAACCCUCACAUGUACACCGACUAAUAUUGCCUUAAUGGAAGUCACAUCACGCCUCUUGAAAUUGGUUAGGGAGUCACUUCAGCAUCACAAUUAUGGCUUGGGAGAUAUAGUCUUAUCUGGUAAUGAGGAGCGAAUGAAGAUUAAGGAACGUCAAGACCUUCAUGAUGUUUUUUUGGAUUAUCGUGCCCGUGAGCUUUCAAAAUGCUUUGCCCCUCUCUCAGGGUGGAACCAUCAACUAAACUCCAUGAUACCCUUGCUUGAAGAUGCCGGUCAUGUGUAUCUUUUUUAUUUGGAGGAGAAAAAGAAGGAAAAGCUGGAUGUUUCUCAAAAUGAGAGAAAAAAAGACAAAAACACAAAAGAGAAAGAGGAGGAUAGUUCUAAGGGAAAAACCAAGGAAAAAAGGAAGCAAAAAAUUGCUAGGAACUUAAAAGAAGGCAAACGCAAACAUAUACGGCAAGAAAAGAUUCUUGCUCAAGAGAGUAAACAAUUGAAUUGCCUGGAACCAGAGUAUCCUCCUGAAACCAUGAUAACUGAAGGGCAGGAGGAUGGAAAGAAGGAUGUUUUGACUAUUGAGGUGUUCAUCAAGAAAAGAUUCACUGAUAUUCAGAUGGACCUCCGGUUCUUCAUUGUAACUUUGUGUAAGCACCUUCCUACGUCCUUCCUUUCUGUGAGAGUAGUAGAAGUCAUGAUUAAAGCUCUCCAUUUUCUUGAAUCUCUUGGAACUCUGUUACAUGGAUCUGUUACUAAUGAAGAGCUGAAGUGCGUCUUUGUUGAUUCUGAAGAUUUAAAGACAACAGUUUGUGGCUCCAAUACACUCUUGCUCGAUAGGACCAGAAAUGACUGCCUUAAGAUUCUCAAAUCCCUUCGUGAAGCAUUUUCUGUUCCUAAUUUUAUGGAUAAACAUGCGAUCAGGAAUUUCUGUUUGCAGCAUGCUUACUUGAUUUUCAGUACUGUUUCAAGAUCCGCGAAGUUGCACUCUGAUGAGAGGACACCAUUGGAGCUUUUGGUUAUUGACGAAGCAGCACAGCUUAAAGAAUGUGAAUCAGCCAUUCCCCUCCAAUUGCCUGGUGUCCGGCAUGCUAUUCUCAUAGGUGAUGAACGACAACUGCCAGCAAUGGUUCGAAGCAAGAUUUCGGAGAAGGCUGAAUUUGGAAGAAGUCUGUUUGAAAGGUUGGUAUCACUGGGACAAAAGAAGCACCUUCUCAAUGUCCAGUAUAGAAUGCACCCAUCAAUAAGCGUAUUCCCAAACACACAAUUUUAUAGAAACCAGAUUUUGGAUGCUCCAUCUGUCAAAGAAAGAAGCCAUGAAAGACACUUCCUUCAAGGUAAUAUGUAUGGCCCCUAUUCAUUUAUAAAUGUUGCUUAUGGAAGAGAGGAACUUGAUGGGCAUGGCAUGAAAAACAUGGUAGAGGUAGCAGUGGUUUCUGAGAUUGUGAAAAGCCUCUUCAAAGCAUCAUUUGGUUCAAGGCAGAAGCUUAGUGUUGGUGUAAUAUCCCCAUACAAGGCUCAAGUUUUUGCGAUUAAAGAGAAACUUGGUGACACAUAUGAUACACCAAGUGACUUCUCUGUGAGUGUUCGGACUGUUGAUGGGUUUCAAGGUGGUGAGGAAGAUGUAAUAAUAAUCUCUACCGUCAGGUCUAAUGGGAAAGGAUCUGUGGGUUUCCUUGCCAAUCUUCAACGUACCAAUGUAGCUUUGACAAGGGCAAGGUACUGCCUCUGGGUAUUGGGGAAUGGCCCAACUUUAUUCAAAAGUGGUUCCAUUUGGAGGAAACUAGUCCUUGAUGCAAAGGAUCGGGGGUGUUUUUUUAAUGCUGAUAAGGACGAGAGCUUGAAGGAAGCAAUAAUUGCUGGUCUGGUUGAUCUUGGUGAAUUUGAUGAGUUACUUAAUAUGGAUUAUCUGCUGUUUGGUGGAGCGAGGUGGAAGGUUCUCUUUAGCAAUGAUUUCUGGAAAUCCAUGGCUAAAUUAUGGAUUAAGACUCGGAAAGAAGUAUUUGCUCUAUUAGUGAAGCUUGCAAGUGGAUGGCGUCAUCCCCAAAAGUGGAAAUAUCUCUACUUAAUGGAUGGCAUUUCUUCUGAGCUGCUGAAUAUAUACAAGGUCAACGUGUUCAAUCUUGUCUGGACUGUUGAUAUUCUCAGAGAAAAUUUCAAGUUCAUCCAAGUCUUGAAAAUUUGGGAUAUUUUACCAUUGCAAGAGAUACCAAAACUGGCUAAGCGACUGGAUGAUGUCUUUGGGAAUUAUGAAGUAAACGAUAUGAGCCGCUGCAAGUUCAAAUGUUCUGAAGGGAAGUUGGAAGUUCCAAUGAGUUGGGAAAUCUCAAAUGCUGCAACAUUGAUGGACCUUCAGGAGCCCAAACCUCUGCCGUUUUUGUCAAGUCGUUUUGUUUCGCUCCAUCCGGGGAAGGAACCAAAUGCAUCAGCAGUAGUGUAUGGUGAUAUAACCUGCAAAACCAACGAUUUGGCUGGAACUACAAGGAUGAAGAGAAGGAGCCAUCCAGGGAUUCUGAAAAAUGCUAAAGAAGAUGGGUUGAUAAAGGCUAAUGAGAUAGAGUUGUCCUCUUCUUCAGAGAGUGAAAACUCCCCGAUCAGCUCAAUUUUCUGCCUGAAGAAUAAUGUCUCCAUGGAAGAGUUCGACCAAGUGGAGGACUGCUACAUCUUGGACUUUGAUCUAUAUGGUUUCGUUGAUCAAUUUGAAAAGCUCUCCCUCAAGGAUGAUGAUGAUGCUGAAGAGCUCGCUGUUACAGGUCAACGAGGCCAGGUGGCAUGUCUAGAUUAUCCCCACUCAAGGCAUCUCUGUGCGAAAUUUCCCUUCGACAGAACUCCUCGUGAGGAUUACUGUGAACAGUGCUACUGUUAUGUAUGUGAUAUAAUUGCCCCUUGCAAAUUCUGGAAGAAACCAGUAGGUGGACAUUGUGAUGCGACAGAGCAUGACGAGUUGUGGAAGAACCUGAGGGAUAAGAAUAAACCUGUGCCGCCACCUACCAGUGAAGCAACUCUCAUCUUAGCUCUUUAAAUGUAUAUAUAUCUAGAUGAAUUAUAUGGUAGCAGUGUUACUGUUAUGUAUCUGAUUCAAUUGCCCCUGCAAAUCCUGGAAGAAACCAAAAGGACAUUGUGAAGCUAUAGUGCAUGAUGAGUUGUGGAAGAACCUGAGGGGAAAGAAUAAACCAGUGCAGCCACCGAUCAGUGAAGCAAUCAUCUUAGCUAUUUACUUGUAUAUAUAUCUCAAUGACCUGUUUUGGAGUCUGGCUUGCUAGAUGAGCGAUUUGUGUACCAAUCUAACAAAUCUAAUAUGCUAAUGGAUGGUCCACCAGAUGUUGAUUGUGGAUAAUGGUACGAUUUUCUAGUAAGACAGUUCACGAUCCCAUGAAUACAAGCAAACAUAUGAAUCCAUCCAUGGAGAUAAUUUUGUGCAGAUGAAAGUAUGUAGAUAAAUCUGUAAAGGAUGAUGGGAUUUUGAAACAUCUAAAUGUUGGAAUAAGAUCUGAUUGCAGAUGCUUUGACAGUAAA